GAGAACGGCCACCGCGGCGAGCAGAUGUGCUGAGAAAUUUCGCGCGCGCUUCUAACAAUAGAACCAAGUUGAGUUGAUAUUUUUUGUCAUGGGUUUUAUUUUGAAGAAAUAAGGAAGAGUAACAAGAGUGCAAUUAUAAGAUGACAUGUUUUUCAUGAAGAGACACGCGACCUACAGACUAAACUAAACUAAACUGAAUGAAAACGAUAAUAGCCAGCGAUAGUGGAUGACGCGACGCGUCAAAGUUCUGUCUGUGAUACGAUUCGUUACACGUGCUUGAUGGUGUUUGAAAACGGGGUGAAUCAGUUAUCUAACCAGUAAACCGAGCUGCAGAGUGCCAAAAAUUGAGUUGUCAGCACGCCAAAAGUGCUGCCAAUUGCGUGUCAUCCAGUAACUCUUACAAGUGGGAACACACUGCAGAACAAAGCAAAGUGCGUAUAAAUGUUAUGGUUCAGUGGUUUUGCGUUGUCAAUUUUUUAAGAAGAUAGUUUUGUUCGUUAGUUAUUAGGUACUAUAAUGAGAUUAGCUUUAGUGAAUUCAAUUUGUCGUGUAUAAAAUUUCCCGAAUGAAUAUCCAUCCAUGUGACCCUAAUUACCUCGCAAUACAUCAAAGUAGGCUGACGUUGUCGGAUUGGAAGAUUUGAAACCCCCCGAUCUGGAUCGAAGAAUGCGUUGUCAUUGUAACGGUGUACGCACGUGAUUUUUGUCAUAUCGGCUGCCGCCCCCUCCAGUAGCAGACUUCUGGGAAAGAUCUCAUCCGCCACCAUCACCAUCCAGUGUGCGAUCUCCACUUCAACCCCACCAUCAAGUCGGGGUAGAAACCCCCUGAACGUGUGAUAACAGUCCAUCAUCGCCUUAGAUUAAAAUCGAAUCCACAUCAAAAAUGCAUUUCAAAGAAGUGUGCAACCGGCGCUGCAUCCUGACCUCCAGCGGGCUCAUCCUGGUGGCGUUCGGAGUCUUCCUCACCUUCUGCUUCCACGCCGUCUUUCGGGACAUUUUGUACGAGGAACUCAAACUCCGUCCGACGUCGCGCGGCUAUGACGCGUGGGUCACUCCGCCCUUCCCGCUGUCGAUGGACGUGUACUUCUUCAACUGGACCAACCCGGAAGACCUGAAGAACGCCAGCACGAAGCCCAUCCUGGAGGAGCUUGGGCCGUAUCGGUUCACCGAGCGGCCCGAAAAGGUCGACAUUGUGUGGCACAACCACAACCACACCGUCAGCUAUCGGAAGAAGAGCGUGUACUUCUUCGACGAAGAGGGCAGCAACGGGACGCUGGACGACGUCAUCAGCAGCAUCAACGUGGUCGCGCUGUCCGCGGCGAACCGGGCCCGCAGCUGGAACUACGUCAAGCAGAAGGGCGUCUCGAUGGGGCUGGGCCUGUACGACCAGGACGUGUACGUGGUCAAAACGGCGGGCGAGCUGCUGUUCGACGGGUACGAGGACAACAUGGUGCUGAUGGGCAAGCAGCUGUUCGACGCGAGCGAGGUGCCGUUCGACCGCGUUGGGUGGUUCUACACGCGCAACAACUCAGCGGACCUCAUUGGGCACUACAACGUGCACACCGGCGUCGACGACAUCUUCAAGAUCGGUUCGAUGGCCGAGUGGAACUACAAACCGCGGACGGACUUUUUCGCCGGCCACUGUGGCAUGUUGAACGGUUCCGCGGGGGAGUUUUACCCACCGGGGCUGACCAAGGACGUGCCGAUUCAGCUGUUUACGCCGGACAUGUGUCGCAGUCUGCCGCUGGACUUUGAGCAGGAGGAGGAGGUGGCCGGCAUCCGGGGCUACAAGUACGCCGGAGGUCCGCGGACCGUGGACAAUGGGACGCAGUUCCCGGAGACGGCUUGCUUUAGCGCGGGGGAGAUUGUACCGUCGGGAGUGUUGAACAUCUCGUCGUGCCGCUUUGGGACGCCGGUGUUUAUGUCGUUUCCGCAUUUCUACGGCGCCGAUGAGUACUACCUGAACCAGGUGGAGGGACUCAACCCGGACAAGAGCAAGCAUCAGCUGUACAUGACAAUGGAACCGACGAUGGGGAUUCCACUGGAUGUGGCCGCACGGUUCCAGUUGAACAUUAUGCUCGAAUCACACCCCAAUAUUGCCCUCUACGAAGACGUCCCACGAACCUUCCUCCCAGUGCUCUGGUUCGAACAGCACGUCACAAUGACCCCGGAGUUCACCGGCGAGAUCGCCCAAGCGCUGAGCAUUCCGACGACGGCCCGCAUCUGCGGCAUCGCAAUGCUCAUCGUCGGCGCCAUCCUGAUCGCCUGGACGCCCAUCAGCCGAUUACUCGCCCAGAAGCGACGUGACGCCGUCAAGGACAACGCCGGAACCGGCCACCAGGAAAAGACCCUGCUCCAGCAGAACCUCACGGCGGCCAUUCUCGGAGCGUCCGCCCCGGAAAAGGACCCCAAACUGGGCAAGACGAUUGCCGAGGCGCACCCGUUGAUCGAGUGCAAAAUGGUCCGGCUAGCGGACAGUGACAACACCAAAUCGUGAUAACCGGAAGUUGGGCGCUACCAGAAAGAAAAAGACUUGCCUUGAUCCGCGAGGCGUUGAGCGGCCGCAUCACCAAGUUCUCUAAGUUCGUGUAGAUUUUAAGCUGUGCAGUUUUUUGUGAAAUGUUUAUUUUAAACAAAGAAGCAGAAGCAGAAACACAAUCAUUUUUUAAGCUGUGUCAAGUCCGAGCCGAAGCGAAAUUAACUGCAAACAUUCUUAAAAAAAGCGAGUUUAAACUAAAAUACUAUACAGGGACUAACCUAGACUCCUCAAAAGAAAUGAUUUAAGUUUAAGAAGCAGCUUCAAAUCAUCAGUCCCCUGUUACUUUCUGUAUGUACUCUCCUCGUUUAGCCUCGUUUCCUGUUAAGUGUUAGUCUAACGUCGAAGCUCCUGCAGUGGAAAAAUCAAACAAGUGCCAGAACAAAACAAAGAACAAAUACCCACCUCACACACGACCAGUAGUAGUUGGACCAGGGAAGCCACUUCCUUUAAAAAUAUCAUUGUGCCUUUUUGGUGCAAAGAUUACAGAAGGAAAAAACAACAAAAUAUACGCAAAAUCACAAUCAAACAGAUAUUCCAGGUUAUGCAAGUAGGUUAAGAGUGAAUAUAUUUGUAUUGUCUUUACAAAUUGUAUCGUACCAAGAAAAAAUAAAUAAGAUUAAAUUUGAUACCUUAUAAUAA